UGUUAGAUUUUUGUGAGUGGUUAGACCACUUUUCUGCUGAACCCCUCACUUAUAAUAAUUCUUAGAAAAAUAAUAUAAAUAUUAAUAGUAGAAAAAAUUCGGAAAAAUAAAUUAUGGCAGCAAGGAGUGAUAAAACUCUUUUAAAAUUUUCUAAUUUUAACUUAUUGAAGCCACCUUCAGACAUAAACGAAAAUGCAAGUAAUCUAUGUGCGAAAAUAUUUCCUUCCAAAAAAAUUGUCGUUGGUAACGAAUGUGGUUGUUUUGUUUUACCUCUUGGUGAAUCAAUGAUAUAUGAUCAAGUCGGGCUACUUAAAAACAAAGAGGUGACGUCUAUUUCUAACAUAGACGAAAAUAGUUUUUAUGCAGCUUCUGGCAAUUUUGUAUAUUUGUUUGAUUUAAGAUUGAAUCUAGAUAAAUAUGUUCAUUUUUAUUGUGAAAAUGAUGAUGAAAUCAAUCAAAUACAAGUUAAUAAUGAACUUCUCAAUCUUGCAUGUUGCGAUGAUUCUGGUGAAGUAAAAAUUUUUGAUUUAAAAGUAAAUAAGUUGUUUAAAACACUUCGAAGAAGACAUAAAAAUAUUUGCUCAUGCAUUAACUUUAUUUCUAACAAACAGAAUGAGAUUGUUACAGGUGGGAUGGAUUCACAAAUAAUAAGAUGGAACUUUCACCAGGUUAAACCUCUACAAAUUGUAAAUACUCAAGAUAUUUUAAAAGAAACUGGAGAUCACUCUGUAUACAUGUUUAAUCCACCUUUGAUAUUUUCAAUGGAUGUUUCUAAGGAUUCUAAUUUUUUAGCAAGUGGAUUAGGAAAUGGAGCUAUCCAAAUUUUUCAACUAAUGAGAGGCUCCUUAGGAAUGAAACCAUGUUAUGUAAUAAAUAAACAUUCAUCACUUGGAGUUCCAUGUGUUCAGUUUCUUCCUUUGCUUGAUAAUUCUACACAAAUGCUACUCUCUGGUGGUAAUGAUGGUUAUUUACACUUAUGGAAUAUCUCAUCAAAUAAUACUGCCAAUAAUUUGAAACAAAAAUUUCCAAAAAAUCGUGUUUGUCUUGAGGAUGAGUUAAAAACAAUUCUAUUAGAUAGUUUACAUAUAGAUUCAAAACUCAGCUCAAUUGACUCUGCUGUUAUUGAUGGAAAAUAUUUUGUAGUUUUCACUGACCAGACUGCAUCUGUAAAAUUGCUUGAUAUUGAAUAUUAAUUAAAUACAUUUA